AUGGCAGAUACAGAUAGUCAGCAUGAAGUGGAGGUCGUGCAACCUGAGAGUAAGGCUGCGAAGGUGUCUUCGAAGGGGAAAGAUCCGAAGCACCGCGAUUGGCUCCAAGACCAUGAAAAUCGACUCGAGGACUUGGAACAGUCCGACCUCGAGGAGCGCAUGACGGCAGAGUGGUCGAAGCUGGCGGAACAGAUAGAGUCUUUGAGGGAAGAGAUCCGCUUCCUCAAAGAGGGGCAACAGAUCUUCCAUUCGUUGUUGCAGGGAGGAACGCAUGGUUCUAAGGCAACUCGAGUUGGAACUUAUGACGGUGAGCGCGAUGACAAGGCACUUGAUAAUUUCUUCUGGGAUGUUGAGGAGUACCUGUCGUGUGCACCGAAGACGUCUGAUGAGGCACAGGUCAAGGAUAUUGCAACAUACCUUACCGGCAGUGCGAAGCUGUGGUGGCGAACGCAUCAGGCAGAUGAACGCGCUGGGAAGACGGUGAAACCGAUCAAGUCCUGGGCUGACUUGAAGGCAGCGCUUCAUGAUCAAUUCCGACCUGGGAAUUCGGAUUGGAUCAUCCGAUCCAGGUUCGAUGAACUCAAGCAUACUGGCACUAUUCGAGAGUAUGUCAAGGCAUUUCAGGUGUUGGAUUUGGAAUGCACCAAGUUGAGCGACUUCGAGAAGUUAUUCCUCUUCACUAAGGGUCUGCAACCCUGGGCGAAGGAUGAGCUGAGGAGACAGAAAGUUCAGACUUUGGCCGAGGCGAUCACAGUUGCGGAUGGGCUGCUCGAUUAUAAGGGCGAUGCAGCUAGGGGCUUUGGUGGAGCUCGAACAGACUACAAGAAGAACUUCUGCCGGAAAGAGAAGAAGGGAGGCGGACCUCCUUCUGAUCCUAACGGCGAGCCCAGGAAGAAGAAACCGAAGAAGUCGAAUGGAGAAGGCAACCCGAAGAAGAAAGAUCACACACAGACUGAGAAGAAGAAGGAUCGUGAUCCAGGGUGUUUCAUCUGUGGCAAAGAUGAUCACUGGGCACGGAGCUGUCCAGAUCGGAGUAGGAUCAACGCGCUGUUGUUCGAGGAGAAGAAGUUGCCCGCAAUGAGCACCUUGCAACUCCUGAAUGCAGUGCAACAUUCUACCGAAGUGGCCGAUAAGCACGAGUUGUGUUUUGUGGAGACUUUCUUUGGCAACAAGAAGGUGCUAGCUAUGGUGGAUUCAGGUGCCACCCACAACUACAUCUCCGCAUGCCGAGCGAAGAAGCUUGGACUCAAGAUCGAGCCCACUACAAAUCAGUUCAAGGCGGUGACCGCACCCGCGCAGCAGGUGAGCGGUGAGAUCCAUAAGGAAGUCAUCCGAGUUGGGUCGUGGCAGGGUGUGCUUGAUUUGAUCGCCAUUGGAAUGAAUGAGUUCGAUCUCAUACUCGGGCAGGAGUUCUUGAGGUCGGCAUCAGCAGCUGUGGUGCCACACUUGAGCUGUUUGCUGAUAUUGGAUCCGAGCAGACCAAGUAUGGUUCCGAUGAUGAAGAGCGUGGAACAGGAUCUCCUGUUGAAUGCGCUCAGUGCUAAGCAGGUUGGCAAGGGAAGGCGGGAGGAGUUGUUUUUGGCCGCACUGAUUGGAGAUUGGGAUGAAGGAGAGUCGUCAGGACCCUCUAACACCUCGGCGAUCCAGGAUGUGUUGUCCGAGUUUGCGGAUGUUAUGCCAGACCAGCUCCCAGCUGUGUUACCACCGAGGAGGCACGUUGAUCACAGGAUAGAACUGGAGUCAGGGGCAAGACCACCAGCGAAGGCUCCUUAUCGACUCUCCGCACCAGAGAUGGAAGAGUUGAGGAAGCAGUUGGCAGAGCUCGCUGAGGCAGGAUACUUGCGUCCCUCCAGAUCACCUUAUGCUGCUCCAGUAUUGUUCCAGCGCAAGAAGGAUGGAAGCCUUCGGAUGUGUGUGGACUAUCGAGCUUUGAACAAGCUCACCAUCAAGAACAAGUAUCCGUUACCUCUCAUAGCGGAUAGCUUUGAUCGACUGGUCGAUGCAAGAGUGUUCACCAAGUUGGACCUGAGGCAGGGUUACUAUCAGAUCAGGAUCGCGCCAGGUGAUGAGGAGAAGACCGCGAUCACGACGAGGUAUGGUAGCUAUGAAUUCUUGGUUAUGCCUUUUGGUCUCACUAACGCUCCUGCAACCUUCAGCACCUUGAUGAACGAUGUGUUUCGCUCAUUAUUGGACAAGUGCGUUGUUGUGUAUCUGGAUGACAUUUUGGUAUACAGUCGAGACAUGGAGGAACACAAGCGGCACCUUCAGGAGGUGUUUGCUUUGUUGAGAGAACAUCAGCUGUUCGCAAAGAAGGAAAAGUGUGCUUUUGCGCAGGAGGAAGUGCCGUUUCUGGGCCAUAUUCUUGGUCAUGGCCAGAUCCGACCAGACCCGGAGAAGCUUCAGGCAAUCCGAGACUGGGAGCCGCUUCGCAAUGUGCAUGAGGUGAGACAGUUCCUUGGUUUAGCUAACUACUAUCGCAAGUUUGUAGCAGGCUAUUCCCGGAUUGCGAGCCCCUUGACGGAUCUGUUGAAGAAGGACCGCGGAUGGAAAUGGGGCGAUAAGCAGCAGACAGCAUUUGAGUUGCUGAAAAGAGUUUUGAUAGAGAGAUCAGCUCUUACUGUACCGAACCGGGGCGAGACGACAUCGAAGGAUGUCUUGCUUGGCCUGUAUGAGUUCGAAAGGAUUAGGCGGGACAAAACAAAGCAGCCAAAGGAACCGUUGGGGAACGACUUCCUUACCAACACUCGAACCACCAGUCUUUUGUUCCGACGACUGAGAGGAGGCUCAGCCCGACUUUAUGUGGAUUUCGAGAUCUUGACAGGGUCCGCCGAGUUGCCAGACAUCUACUCGGAGGUAGACAUCUUGGAUAGAUGGGAGAACAGCGGAGUCAUCUCCUUGAGAGAUUUGCUAGUUCUCGGUUCUGGAGGAGAAUUUCGAUCGGAAGACUACCCCCGUGCAUCCGAGCUCGUGGCAAGUUGUUCGGAAGCUUUGCAACGUUGGGUCUGGAUGGAACAGCCAGAAGCCAAGGCAGAUCCUUUCAGCGCCAAACUGGAUCAGUUGACGGAAUUGUUGGCACACAAGUUUGUUUGCAAGCCGGUAGGAGCAGAGCCGCAGGGGUUGGCCUGCUUGGACGAUGUUAAGAUCGUCGCAGCUAGGGAAGUCAUGAAUCAAGACAUUCCCGAGGUGAGCACCAAGAUGAGAUUGGGCACCUUACGUUUGAUAAUCAUGGAGUUCCUCUCCAGGAGGAACCCGCCCAGACAGGAGUAG